AGAAAAGAGAGCAAGAUUUUAUCUUAAAAUAAAACAGUACUAUAGCAACAAUGCUCUCAUCAUUGUACAGUGGGGGAGGAAAAAAUAGUCAAACAAAGGUUGUAAUAUCAUUAUCGUUGUUGCUAAUAAUGAUCCUCAGUUUGAUGAGUGUGACCAUUUCCAUGGAUCACCUCCAAGCUAUUUGUAGCUCCACACCCUACCCAGAUCUAUGCUACAACAGACUAGCACCGGCCAUUCUUGUCCCACCACCAAUAAGAGAUAGUAAUGACUUUUAUGGACAACUGCAAGAGGUCUACAAGUUGUCCAUAGAAGUCGCAGUCAACGAGUUGUUGACCGCCUCAAAUGAGUUGCUCAAACUAGAAUUACGCCUCGAAAAAGUGUCCAGUCAACGAAAGUCAAUUACUGCACUCAAAUUGUGUCGUGAGCUCCUCUCCGUCAACGCGCUUACCAACCUUCGGCAUUCUUUGGCCGUGCCGGUACCAUCACCGUCAAAAGACAAUCAAAGUACGACGCCCGAAACGUUUGAGGAUCUCAAAACAUUCCUCACCGCCGCCGGAACCUACCACCGCACAUGCAUUGACGCCGUCGACGAUGUUAGUAACGGUGACACGGCCUUGAGAAAUGUGGUUUUGCGAGUAAUCACGAACUCCUCGGAGCUUACCAGCAAUAGCUUAGCCAUUUUGCAUGACUUUGAGGUUUAUGCUGAAUUGACCAAUGGUAUGAUGAUGAGUAGGUCAAAUGAUGAGGCUCCAUUAGUGUACCAAAGUAGCUAUGAUCAAUUGACUUAUGAUGCGGUGGUGGCGAAAGACGGGUCAGGAAAUUUCACCACAAUAGGAGAUGCUCUUAAUGCUGCUCCAAGUAACAGUGAGAAGAGGUUUGUGAUAUACGUGAAAGAAGGAGUUUACAAUGAGAUUGUCAAAGUUGAUAUUGAUAAGGUCAACGUUAUGAUGGUGGGAGACGGGAUGGGUGCUACAAUUGUUACCGGAAACCUCAAUGCCGGUAACGGAACCCCAACGUAUUAUUCUGCAACAUUCACUGUGUCUGGGGCAGGGUUUGUAGCAAGAGACAUGGGAUUUGAGAACACAGCAGGGGCAGCGAUGGAGCAAGCCGUGGCAUUGAUGGCAAACGCAGACAAAGGAAUCUUCCUCAGAUGCAGAAUCGCGGGAUACCAAGACACGCUCCUGGCGCAAGCCUACCGCCAGCUCUUCUACGACUGCCACGUCUACGGAACCGUUGACUUUAUAUUCGGCUACUCCGCCGCCGUCUUCCACAACUGCCGCAUCCUCGCCCGGAAGCCCCUAACGGGUCAGCAGAAUGUUAUCACGGCCCAGGGGAAAUACGAGCCAAUGGCCAAGUCCGGCUUCUCUUUUAUCAACUGCUCCGUUGCACCGGCUGACGGUGAGGAUCUUACCGGAGUCUCCACGUUCUUGGGCCGGCCCUGGAAGGACUAUUCCACCGCUGUGUUUUCCUACACUCUAAUGGAGAGUCUCAUUGAUCCCAAAGGUUGGGUGGCGUAUUCCGGCGACACAGCUCCGGACACCAUUUUUUACGGUGAGCAUGUUAACACCGGCGCCGGUGCCAAGAUCACGCAAAGGGUCCCUUGGAAGGGAUUGCAUGCAAGGCUCGGAACAUCCCAUGCAAACAAGUUUAGCGUCAACACCUUUAUUCAGGGUUGUGAUUGGGUUGUAGGGCUCGGCAUUCCUUGUACAUGAUAUAUAUACUUUAAAUUCACGCAAAUAUAAUUAAGCUCUACUUCAAAAAAAAAUUAUAAAUUGUUUUUAACUUUUACUUUUUAAAAAAAGCUAAAAAUGUGUUUUUUGACUAAUUCUUUUAUUUUAAUAUAUUUAAAGUAAUUGCCCCAUAUAGAACUAAAAGAGAAAAGAAAAUCUCAAAUAGGACCAUGUAUGAUUUUUUUCCUAAAUAAGACUAUUUUAUUCCUAUUUGGAAACAUCCGUAUUUUUCAUUCCAUUAUUACCUCUUAUCUCUUUUACGCUUCCCCUGCGCACAACCACUUCCCCAUUCCGCCUUCUUCCUGCACACAUCUUUCCCUUUCUUCCCUGUGCUCAUCGAUCGACUUCACCCUAACCAUCGCCGCCGCCACCAACUUCGCCUUGCGCACUAGAUCGAUCGACUUCUCUUUCAAGCCGCCGGCCCGCCGUUGCUGUCAAUUUCGUGCGGCGCUGUCAUUAAGGUUCUCCUCCUACUCUUCUUCUUCUUCUUCUUCCUCCUCCUCAUCCUCUUCUUCGUCUUCUUCGAUUUUCUUCUGUUUUUCUGGAUUUUGAAUUGAAUUUUCCAAUUUUCGGACUUCUAUUUUGAUUUUCUGGUUUCUGGUUUCUGAGUUUUAAGAAAAAAUCCGAUUUUCAUACAUUUUGGAUGAUUGCUUCAUAUUUGGCCAAGUUUAUGGCAGAAGUUUGUACAUUGACAUCAUGUUAUGGCAUAAAGACUCUUGUAUAAAUUGGUUUUUCUGAUUUUUUUGUCAAUAGCUUCGUUUUUCUACUUUCCGAUUGUGCUAAAAAUUAUUCCAUCAUCGGCGAGGGCGGCGUCAGAAUGCACCGGCAAGGGGUGGCGGCAGGCCAUUUGGAUCUGGCAAUGGCAGUGAUACUGUUAGGGUUUCAAUAGUUUUUUUAUUUUACAUUUUUGGAAUUUAAAAAUUUAAAAGAGUGGCAUUUUUGUCCAAUUGGGCUGAAAUUGGUCCUACGAAACUCAAGUUUCGUUUAUAGUCCUAGAUGUGCAAUUAACUUCGCUAUUAGUCCUAUUUGAGUCAUUAACUCAUAUAUUUAAGCAUUAUCAAGCUAAAAAAUAAAAGUAUGAGCGGAAGGAGUUUAAACGGCUGUUCAGUAUUUCUAUUUCACGAAAUAAUCCUUUUUUUCCAAUAACGUCUUUUUGCAUUUUGAAACUACAUUUUUUAAACACUUUCAAUCACUUGCCAUAUACGAAGUACUAAGUAAUUCCUAAAAUUAAAUCAAUGCUAAAAUAUUGAAACAAACCCAAAUACUAAUAUAGUCAAUCCUCCAUACUUAAAUCGUUAUGACUGUUUUGUUAUAUGGUGACCUGUUUAUAUAUACUCCGUAGCAAUAAAGUAACUCGAACCCUUCGAGACCCAUAAGCAGUAUUAUAUAAAUUGCUCAAAGUGGGACAACAAAUGUACUCCGUAUAUAGUUCUAAAAUGGUACUCCCUCCGUUCUUUAUUAUCUGUCCCGCUAGCUUUGGGCACGGAUUUUAAUAGAAAAAUAGUAAGGUAAAUGUAGA